AGUGUCAUUGCAGCCAUGAUGGACGGCAUGGAAGAGGUUCUUCACAGCGAGACGAACGGGACGAAGCUGGUUUGCGAGCAUCUGGGCUCGGGUCCAGAAUCGAGGGAAGGUAGCCAAGCUUAAGGGAGGGAAAACGCCCAUUUCACGGGAGAUGUUGACGAAGAUGAAGGAAGAACUGAAGUUGGAAUAUCUGGCAACCUUCAAGAAGACAGUGGCCAUGCACGAGGUAUUCCUUACCAGACUGGCACAGCACCCUAUCUUCAGGACUGAUCACAACUUCAAAGUUUUCCUCGAAUAUGAACACGAUCUCUCAGUCAGAACAAAGAACAAGAAGGAGAAGGUGGAAGGACUCUUCAGGAGCAUCAACAAGUCCACGGAUGAGAUCCUCUUGGCGGCUACGCAAAAGGAUGUGGAUGACUACUUUGAGAAGGAGAAGGGAUUCCUGCUGGAAUACCAUGCAGCCAUCAAGGACUCCACCCUUAAGGCUGACAAAAUGACUCAGGCACAUAAAACAGGUGUUGCAGAUUCAUACAUCAAGUUGUCCACGGGCUUGUCUCAGUUGGGGACGAUUGAGGGCCCAAGACUAGAAAAGUUUAUCAACAAAGUAUCAGACACCUUUGAGAAAGCUAGGAAAGUGGAAGGCCGGGUAGCCUCAGAUGAAGAUCUCAAGUUAUCUGAUACGCUUCGCUACUAUGUGCGGGAUGGGAGUGCUGCCAAGGACCUCCUCUACCGCCGUUUGCGAUGCCUUGCCAACUAUGAACAGGCCAACAAAAACCUUGACCGUGCAAGGGCCAAGAACAAGGAUGUCCAUGCUGCGGAACUUGCACAGCAGAAUGCAUGUGAAAGGUUUGAGCAUAUGUCAGCUAGAGCCAAAGAAGAGCUUAACAGCUUCAAGACACGCCGUGUGGCAGCCUUCAAGAAGAACCUAAUAGAACUUGCUGAAUUGGAACUUAAGCAUGCCAAGGCACAAGCCCAGUUACUGAAGAAUUGUUUGCAAGCACUGCAGGAAGAGUGACAUCACCAGAAUACUAUAACAGAGCAGGUGAUCAAGCUGUAUUUGGUAUAGGUCUUUUCAGCGGGAAUCUUGUAUAUAGAAUGUGUUACAGUGGCCCAGGUACGAACUCUCCAGAGCACUUGCUUCUGCCCCGCUACCACCAUGGUCACUCCCAUGUUGUGUGUGAGAAAGUGGGAGAGAAAGAGAGAGCAUUGUACACGGAAGAAUGAUCUUAUCUAGAAGGCUGCAUUAAAGAGACGUCAUUUAUGGUGUGAUUGGGAAGGCUGGUUGAUUCAGCAGAAUUCACCAUAGGGUAUGUUGAUGAACUGAAGACUGUGAUGUUACUGAGACUAAAUGAUGUGUGUGAUUCUUUUUUAUUUUUUAUUUUUAUGGAUUCAUGGACAGAAUAUGUAACUUUUUUUCUCAUUAUUUUUUAUUAAGGGGAAAUAAUUUUUGUUUCUGGAGCUUUCUUAUCAGAUUUUCUAUUUACAAAAUAAUGAAAUGUGAUUCAGGGUAUAAUCUUAGUAGUUCUGACAUGAUGUAGAACUGUCAUAGAAUGUACUUUGAAAUUUAACCAGUGAGCAACAAAAUGAGUUUGAACAAAGUAACAAUGAGUGAUGUGGAAACAUCAUAACUGACACAAGGGGUUACAUUGCAUGCUAUUGAAACCUUGGAAUUAUUUUUUUCUCUUAUUUUAUUGACAUUAUGCCAAGGUAAAUCCUUGGAAGGUGAAUGGUUUCAAGGCCGAACUGCAUAUUAUGAACACCAUUUUAAACAAAG